AUGCUCUCGUCCACCUGCGUCGCUCCCUCCACCUCAUCUCCAUCCUCCUCAUCUCUACGAGGAGGUGGUGGUGGUGGCACAGACAAGCCGAGAAGCGUGCUCACGGGAAAUUAUUCUUCUGCCGCCAUGUUCAUGGACUUCGCCGUGUUCUGCAUGACCAUCUACUGCGAGCAGCGCUUGAAGCAGGAGCAAGAAAGUGCUCGCAGAGAGAAGACAAGGGAGGUGAUGGGGCUGGCAAGGUUCUAUGCCGAGAAGGACCCGCCGGACUACUCGAGAGCAGCAGAGGCGUACGGCCAGGCAGCAGCGAUGGGAGACGAGCUUGCGCGUUACAACCUUGCUGUGCUCUACCUACACGUCCGAACGCACAAACGACUCGCCUGCUCUGACUGCACGCAGGGGGUCGGGGUAGAUCAAGAUUCGCAACUCGCAGCCUCGCUGCUGGCUAAAGCAGCAGAGCAGAACCUGCCGGACGCCUCCUACCUGCUCGGCACCAUGCACGUGCGGGGGCUGGGAGUUGAAAGGGACGCAGAGAAGGCGGUGAAGCUGUUCGAGCAGGCGGCAGCGAUGGGUCAGCCUGAGCGUGAAGGCCAGGGAUGUGACAAGCCCGCAGGACACGAGCACGCGAUCGAAGCUCUUGCCGACUGCCAUGCAAGGGGAAUCGGAACCCGUCGAUCGUUGCUCCGAGCAGCACAGCUGUUCUCGUACGCUUCAUGGAGGAGGAGGAGGAGGACUAAUGUUUGCGAUAGGGAAGCCGACCAAGCGAAGGGUCGAGAGCGACAGGUUAGAGGACACGUGGGAGGACACGAUGAGCUGAUGUAA